GCCCUGGCUCUGCAGGGAGCAGCGGCUACCUGAGGAGCAGCCUUGGUGCAAACAGCCUUCCUCCACGGCUGCACCAUGUGGCCUGCGAGCUCGUGGACACCGCGCGCCCAGUGGUCGCCGAAGCGCUUCAGGCUGGUCACCGUCUACAUGCUGGUGCUCUUGGUGUCGCUCAGCUUCGCUUCAGGACAGAGCAGGCCAUUUAAACACCAGAUAGACAACAGAAGUCCCAAGAUUGAUCCGUUUUGGUACGUGGGACGCGGCGUUCGGCCCAUCGGUCGCUUUGGGAAGAGGCAGCUGAGAAGCAGCCGCGGCAGCUCAAGGCCUGUGAGCAGACACCUGGAUUUCAUCCUGAAUGCACUGUGGGAACAGAAAGUGUUGGACACCUGGUGAUCCCUCCUUCCG